AAGCAACAUGGCGCUCAGCACGACGACCGAUGCAUCGGUGGAUGUUAUCGCACAAAAACGGCUCGAAUGUCUGGAGACGCUGAACGAAACCGUCGACACGGCCAUAUCGGGACUCUUCUGCCCCGGGACGUGGGAUGGAUGGUUAUGUUGGCCGGACACAGCUGCAGGCACCUCGGCGUACGCCCUCUGUCCAGGCUUUAUAUCAGGUUUCGAUCCAACGAGAUUCGCCCACAAGGUGUGCGGUGAGAAUGGUGAAUGGUUCCGGCAUCCGGAGACGAACAAGAGCUGGUCUAACUACACAACCUGCAUCAACCUGGACGACUUCGAGUGGCGGAAACAGGUGAACCUAAUAUACGAAACCGGAUAUGCCAUCUCGCUGAUAGCUAUCCUGCUAUCGCUCGCUAUUUUAAGCUACUUUAGAUCGUUGAAAUGCGCACGAAUAACGCUACACAUGAACCUGUUCGUAUCCUUCGCCUGCAACAAUUCGCUCUGGCUGCUGUGGUACCGGAUGAUACUGAACGAUCUUGAUCUCCUGCAGGAAAGCGGUGCUGGCUGCAUUACGCUGCAUCUCGUGUUGCACUACUUCCUUCUGACCAACUACUCCUGGAUGCUGUGCGAAGGUUUCUAUCUGCACACGGUGCUAGUGUCAGCGUUCGUGUCGGAGAAGAAGCUUCUCAAAUGGUUGCUAGCGCUUGGUUGGGGUUCGCCGGCCUUCUUCAUCGUUCUGUACGGAUUCCUGCGAGGCUACGUUAGUCCACCGAACGAUACAAUAGAAUGCUGGAUGAACGAUAGUUCCUUCAACAAGGUGUUCGUCGGGCCGGUGUGCAUUUCGAUGCUGCUGAAUCUGGUGUUCCUGUUCAACAUCAUGCGGGUGUUGCUGCUGAAGCUAAAGGCACCGGCCGGUCCGCAGGGUGCCGGUCCAUCGAGAACGAUUCUACAAGCCUUCCGCGCAACACUCCUUCUGGUGCCCCUGCUCGGUCUUCAGUACAUACUUACCCCAUUUCGUCCGGGCCAUGGACAUCCGUACGAGCGUACGUACGAAACGAUGCUUGCCUGUACUUCCUCCUUUCAGGGUCUGUUUGUGGCGGUACUGUUCUGCUUCCUGAACGGUGAGGUGAUCGCACAAGUGAAACGCAAAUGGCGCACCGUGUUCCUGCGUACCCGCGCCAACUCCUACACCGCGACGCAAGUGUCCGUAAUCCUACGCUAUAUCUGAGACGAGUUUUUAAAAAAAUUGAAUGCAAGUAUCUUUAUUUUCAUUUCACUAAGUGAAAACACACAAUUGACGUCCUGUUUUUUUCUUGUUUUCUUUCCUAUGAAUGAAUUUUCAUUAUUAAACAAACAAUAAAACAACCGAAAAAACAUAAAUAUGCAAAAAACCUCAGCGUUCAUAUUUUAGUCUCAUGAAAUAGCAACCUUUUCUUUCUUUGUUUCUAUUUUGUUUUAAAAAUUUCCAUUACCCACUGAGCACUGAGUUAAAUUGUUUGGUUUUUGUGUUUAAAACACUUUUUUUCUAUCAUUCUCCUAUUUCUAUUUAUGUUUUAGUGUCCAACAGAAAAGGUUUCUUUGUACACGUUUUAAAGCAAUUUAAACUUUGUUAACUCAAUUUUAUUGUUCUUUGUUGUGUACGUGCCCGUUUGUGUUUUUUAAUACUUGCUUUUAUUUUUCUGAUUCAAUUUUUAAACACUGCUCGUGUUUUGUUUUCUCUUUUUAUCAUUUUUAUUUUCUAUUUAUUCGUGCUUUCAUUGAUAGACUUUCAUGUGAUGAUCCAUUUUUUGUUUGUGUUACAUUUUUCUUAUUCGUCUCUCACGUAGGAUAAUGGCAAAAUGUAAAACUUUGUUGUAUUUUUAUACGUUUUUAACUAAUUUUAUUCCCAUUUCUUUACUUACUCGAUCCGGUAGUCUGCUCUUAGUUGUUACUCUUCUUUCACUGCUCGAUCUUUCCCGCUCGCUCACACACCCUCCCAUUGCUGUUCUCUUCAUCACUCCCCUCCCCUCUCUCUUUCUCUCUCUCUCUUUCUUUCUCUCUCUCUCUCUCUGUUUUUGUCACUAUUUUCUCUUUCUCUCUCUUUCUCUCUCUUCGUAUGUGUUUUAUGUUUGUACUGUCCGAAGUGUAAAAUAAAUCCCCAAUUCUAAUCACAGCCGGUCACCUUGCAGUUCGUCCGUUGCGGUCCACCAGUGCCCGGUGAGGAGAAGGUUUGACUAAAGGAGUACACCGACCGUGGCCCAACCAAAUCCGCCCGUAAACCGUUCUCCAACCGCACCCGGAAGCGUUCGUUGCUUCUGCCCGUUUCCUCCGAACUGUCGGACCCGGUUGCCAGCACAAUACCACGGCCGACCGAUAACGUUCGUAACCCAUGUUCCUCAGCCCUCGAUCCAUCAGCGAUCGGCACAACAACACCGUCGGCAGUAAAUUACGGUACGGCCGACAUCAAUCCCACCACCAUCGAUGCCGCUACAACCGCGACAGUUCAAAGGGUACACUUCCGGCCGGAACCGGUAGCCGAUCUGCAUCCGUUGACGGAAGGGAAACCCUCGUUUGCGGGGACAGCGACAAAAAAUGGUCACUCCCACCGACAGCCGGCAUCGGUCAAUGGGUUUCAUGCGACGAUGGACACCGAAUUUCCCGCUGACACUGAGGCACCCGCGGACGAGAUUCUUUAAGCAGGUGGCAAAACGGUUAUACGCUAGCUUUAAAACGAUCCUAUCUGUGUAGAUUUAAGUUUACUGUGGAAUUAUGCAAAACGGCCAAAAACCUGUCCUCCUAUACUGCGAUCGUUUGAAUAAACGACGCGUAUGGAGCUUGAUGAAAAGAUUUUAUACAUAUUUUUUUAUUAUUAAAAAUAAACACAACUGUUCCUGUCCCAUUGACGCUAUCGGCACCGUUUGGGGCCUGUCUGUAAAUAUUGCUUGGCUCUUUUAAUGUCGCUGUUCAUAGGUGGGUUCCAUCGGUCAAAGCAAUCCACGAAAGCACUGUCCGCUUCACUGUACGACACUGUUCAGUUGUGAAAAUAAACUUUGUGUACUUUUCUGCACGGUAAUGAUAACGAAUAGAUAAAAUUAAAUGUUACGUAGCAAAAAAAAAGAGUAAACAAAACAAAAACUGUGUAAUGGAAACUUAUCGGAUACUUUAUUAAUGACUGUGUCAUUUACUUCCGUGAAUUAAAUAAAUAAAGCAUCAUUACAACUAGUGGAAUGUGCUAAACUUGCUAAAAUGCCAAAAACAAAACGAGCACACACUUAAUAGAACUCGAACUAGAAUGGCUCGAACAGACAGAUGUAGUGUAUUAUUUUGAAAACUGUUUGUUACAACAAAACAAAAUCUAUCAAUUGUACGAAAUGGAGCGAUGGCGAAAGGAACUGUUUUGUGAGUUAAAAGUAAUUAAAUGAUACGAAAAGUUUAUCGGAAAUUGUUCCAAACAAUGCAUCACACUCAUUGGUGGAUCUGUAAUAAGAAAAUCUGUAAUUGGAGUCAUUUAAAAGAGAAAAAAAACACACACACAACUGUAGUUAAAUUAAAAGUAUAUAAAUAUGAGAUGAAAACCACGCUAAAGUUAUAGCUACAAAUGAAAUGUAAAUGUUCUGUUUUUGAUUUCUCGAAACGUUGUAACUCUGCCCGCGGAGAAUUGAAGCAAACAUGCAACAUAUGAAACAAAGUGAACUAAAGAUGGAAAAAAAUAAAUCAGAAUUUACUGUGAACUGAUA